CAGAAGUCUUCAUCCAAUCGCGGGCUCCACAGAGGGUCAUGUGACCGGGGCAGGAAGCGUGAGGAGCGGCUAUUAAAGCUUCUUUGAAUCGUUCAGACACACGCGGUGACUGAGUCGAAAAUGGCACCUACAGGUGAGGUUGUGUUUGGCUCCGGCUCCGGGGACCGGGUCUGUGAGGACAACCGCUUGCGCUGGGAUCUCACCCCCGAGCAGAUCCUGCAGCUCACUGAAGAGCUCAUAGCCAAGACCAAGAAGGUGUAUGACGGGGUCGGGGCGCUGGACGUGGCCGGGGUCAGCUAUGAGAACACCCUGAAGGCCCUCGCUGAUGUGGAAGUGGAGUACACGGUUCAGCGGAACAUGUUGGAUUUCCCUCAGCAUGUGUCUCUCUGUAAGGACGUCCGCACGGCCAGCACUGAAGCCGAUAAGAAGCUGUCCGAGUUUGACGUGGAGAUGAGUAUGAGGGAGGAUGUUUAUCAGAGAAUCGUGGCUCUGGAGCAGAAGCUGUCAGAUGAAAGUUUAACCCCCGAGGCCAAGCGUUACAUGGAGAGACUCCUAAAGCUUGGCAAAAGAAACGGCCUCCAUCUUCCCAAAGACACUCAGGAGGAGAUCAAAAAGAUCAAGAAAAAAAUGAGCACUCUGUGUAUCGAUUUCAACAAACACCUGAACGAAGAUACAACUUGCCUCCAUUUCUCUCGAGAGGAACUCGGGGGGCUCCCUGAGGAUUUCCUCAACUCUCUGGAGAAAGAUGAGUCUGGAAAACUGAAGCUCACGCUGAAGUAUCCUCAUUACUUCCCCACCAUGAAGAAAUGCUUUGUCCCAGAGACACGGAAGAAGUUAGAGGAGGCUUUCCACUCGCGCUGCAAACAGGAGAACUCUGCUAUCCUGAAGGAGCUCGUGGAGCUGCGCUCGCAGAAGAGCAGCCUGCUGGGAUUCAGCACUCACGCAGACUUCGUGCUCGAGAUGAACAUGGCCAAGACCUCCAAGACGGUUGCAGCUUUCCUUGAGGAUCUGGCCCAUAAGCUGAAGCCCCUGGGUGAGCAGGAGAGGGCCGUGAUCCUGAAGCUGAAGGAACAGGAGAGCCAGAAGAGGAAUCUGCCCUUCACUGGAGAACUGCACGCCUGGGACACACGCUACUACAUGACCCAGGUGGAGGAGACCCAGUAUGCAGUGGACCAGAACCAGCUGAAGGAGUAUUUCCCGAUGGAGGUGGUGACCAAGGGGCUACUGGACAUCUAUCAGGAGCUGCUCAAUCUCAGCUUUCAGCAGGUGGAGGGCGCACCUGUGUGGCACGAUGACGUUACACUGUACCGAGUUAAAGACCGCUCCUCUGGGCAGGUCAUUGGCCAGUUUUAUCUGGAUCUUUUCCCCAGGGAGGGGAAGUACGGCCACGCCGCAUGCUUCGGCCUGCAGCCCGGCUGUUUGCUCCCGGACGGGACCAGGCAGAUAUCUGUAGCUGCCAUGGUGGCUAAUUUCAGCAAGCCCACCGCUGACGCUCCGUCCCUGCUGCAGCACGAUGAAGUGGAAACCUACUUCCACGAGUUUGGGCAUGUGAUGCACCAGCUUUGUGCUCAGACCAACUUUGCGAUGUUCAGUGGGACACAUGUGGAGAGGGAUUUCGUGGAAGCGCCGUCUCAGAUGUUGGAGAACUGGGUUUGGGAGAAGGAGCCCCUGCAGCGCAUGUCCAAGCACUACAAAACAGGAAAGCCCAUUCCAGAGGAGCUUCUGGACAAACUCAUGAAGUCUAGACUUGCUAACACAGGGCUGUUUAACUUGAGGCAGAUUGUUCUGGCAAAGGUGGACCAGGCUUUGCACACGAAGAGUGGGCUCGACCCGGCUGAGGAGUACGCCAAACUUUGCCUGGACCUCCUGGGAAUUCCUGCUUCACCAGGGACAAACAUGCCUGCUACCUUCGGUCACCUGGCAGGAGGAUAUGAUGCUCAGUACUAUGGUUACCUGUGGAGUGAAGUCUUCUCCAUGGACAUGUUCUAUGCCCGCUUCAAACAAGAAGGCAUCAUGGACCCUAAGGUGGGUCUGGACUACAGGAAGUGCAUUCUGAAGCCUGGAGGAUCUGAGGAUGCUGUAGACAUGCUGAAGAAGUUCCUGGGAAGAGAACCCAAGCAGGAUGCUUUCCUCCUGAGCAAAGGACUCACGGUUGAGACGGACAAGCCCUGUGCCUGCUGACUGUCUGGAUGUAGGCUAAGCCCUUAAAGUCUCGGACUGAUACCUCCUAAAAAACCCAAAACCCAUUCCCUUAUAACACCUUCUCCCAACCCCGCCCUAUGAAAGUUUGCAGCGUUGUUUUAAAAUGGAAAAAUUGUAUUGAAAUCUGUCCAAAACCACAACAAAAAACAUCCACAAAUGACACUCUUGUUGCGUUUUAACUGUUUUCUGUGGAGCAUAAUGAGUUCCCAGUAGAAAAUGGCAGGGAUCUGCUUCAGUGCACAUCAUAUUACAUCAAUAACACAUCAUUCGGAUGAUGUCACAUACGGGAUACCAGCUACACGAUUAACACCCGGACAGUAUUACAAUUGUGUUUUAAUGGGUUAGUCUCACAAACAUGUGUGCAGGUCACAGUCCGGCCAAAAAUAAAAACAAGAAAUUAUAUUUUGCAUAAAGAAAGCUUUAAAUUAUUUAUUUUUUUCCACCAGUGAUUUUGUAAAGCCGUAUUAAGCACAUUGCCCACUGAAAUUCACAUUACUGUAAAGCUGGACAUUUGUCUUGAGUUUAUUUUAUUAAUCUUUUCUUCUUAAUGGUCAUUCUAUAAACUUAAAAUAUACUAAGGGGUAUCACUUCAUUUUGAUUAUCCACUUUAGACAUUCUGCUGAUUCGAAGUGACUGCAAAUACAUGUCAACUAGCAGUUAUUAAAGUACUUUUAGUCUCUGGUUAAUAUCUGCACUUUAUUACACUUAACACUUAACACUUUAUUUUGAUGAUUCUUCAACAAACUAAAAACUAACUAUUAAAUUUAGUAUAAUGUCUAAAAUGGCCUGGACUAUCAAAAUAAAGUCUAACCCAAUAAUGUUUACAAUAUGAUUUUUUUUUUAAAUACAACAGUACAACACAUAAUACCACAAUGUAUAAAUGGUACAUUUUAAAUGUUGCCAUUUAUUUACAAACCUGAUUUCAAAAAAGUUGGGACACUGUACAAAAUGUGAAUAAAAAAGAAUGCAAUGA